AUGCGACUGAUCUAUUUAUUCUUUUUUGUCUCCUUAUCCUUUGCUGAUGAUCUUCUGAAAUUAUCCCCAGCUGACUACGAUAAUUUUCUUUUUCGAGAUGACAAAACUGCAGCACAAGUGGUAAUAAGCAAAGCGAAUCCAAAUUCAGCGACAAUUCAAACGAGAUUUCUUGUCGCUUUUCCAGCUGGCAACUCCGGAGCUCUUGCUAUGUUCAAUUUAACAAAACCCAACGGAAAUCCAUUAAAUCCAGUCAUUCAACUUGUUGAUGGAUCAUUGAAAUCUAUUGCAAAAGAUAACAAUUUCACUGGUUUGAUUGGGCAAUUCACUUUGGAUCAAGACUCCUAUAUUAUGAUGCCAGUCAUGGGCUCUGUGAGAACACUUCGGGAUUUCAGUGAAGCCGGUGUGAAACACGAUGAAAUGGUUCCCACUGGCUUUCAACAAACGCCGAACUCGAUUUCUUUUAACUAUAUAUUUUUGGAUAAAGAAACAUCAAUGAAUUUCACUCUUUCAACAACAAAUACCGAUAAAUUUCCUUUGUUUGAUAGCCCUACAGGAAGAACUGAUUUACCAGCAGGUACUUUCGAUUUUGAGAUCACUUUUAACAUCGCUUCAUUGAAUCCAUUGCCUGUUGAUAAACUGAUUCGAUCGGAAAGAAAGGAUUUACUUACUAAUAUCAAUGCAAAAACUUUGGCUUUUCUCACAUAUAAAGACAAAUUUCUCGCUGGUGGGUGGCAUUUUCUAACAUAUUUUGGACGAGAUUCACUCAUCUCGACGAGACUUUUAUUGCCGAUUCUUUCCUCUGAAGCGACUGAGGCUGCAAUGGGAGCUGUCUUUGAUCGAAUGAAUUCCGAAAAUGGAGAGCUCUGUCACGAGGAAACAAUUGGAGACUAUGCCACUUAUAUCAAUCAACAAAAUAAACAACCGCAAUUAGGAUCAACUCCUUUUUAUGAUUAUAAGAUGAUGGACACGAAUUUUCAGCUUUUACCUUUAUUGGCUUCGUAUUUCUUGGAUGAGACAACUGGAAAAGAUCGAGCUACAGCUUUCCUUGCUAAUCAAAAAGGAUCUCAAACUUAUCAAAUGUUGUUAGAGAAAAAUGUGAAUCUUGUGCUAGGACAUGCGAAAAAGUUUGCUGAUGAUCCGAGCACGUUUGCGAAUCUCGUUCAAAUCAAACAAGAUCAACCUGUUGGCAAUUGGAGAGACUCAGAUACUGGUCUUGGUUAUGGCCGCUUUCCGUACGAUAUCAAUGUGGCAAUGGUACCUAGCUACCUGGAAACCACAGCUUCUAAUUAUCGAAAAGUUUGGGAAGACAAAGCUCUCCAAUUUUUCUUUGUGAAACCAAAACAACCAAAAGAUUCCCUGGCGAAGUAUUUGGAGAAACUUUCUUUACCUUCCACAUUGUAUUCUGUUGUUGAUGAUGUACCAGCGACUAUUCAUGCUCUUUCAUUGAAAGCUGAUGGAAGUCCCGUUGUCGUGAUGCACUCAGAUAUUUCAUUUAAUUUGAUGUAUCAUAAUGCUUUGACGACGGAUUAUAUGAGAUAUGUUCUCGAUGCAAUGAAGCCAUUUCCAAGAGGCCUAAUGAUGGACGGUGUCGGUCUCCUAAUCGCCAAUCCCGCUUACGAUUAUGACAAUCAAACAAAUUGGGACACUUUUUCACGCAAAGCUUAUCAUGGAUCAUGCGUCUGGGCUUUCCAACAAUCAAUGCUUUUAAUGGGAAUUGAUCGACAACUAAACUUGUGCUCUCUGGACACGAAACCCGACUGGUGCAACGAUCAAUCAGUUGUCUCUUCUCUAAAACUUGCUCAAUGCAAUUUAUGGACAGUGAUCACACAAAAUCCCCUUGCUGGAACAGAAGAAACUUGGUCAUGGGAUUAUGACAAUGAUAGCAGCAAGUUUGUCAUCAAAACUCCAUCGGAAUUGAGUUCAAAAGCAAUGGAAUCAGAUGCUGUUCAAUUGUGGUCUUUUGUACUUCUUGCAGCAAAUCAACCAGCGGGUUGCCCGAGUACACCAACAACAACUCCUAAGCUAGGAGUAACACAUUUGAAUCUUUUCGUUUUGUGUUUAGUAUUAAUUGCCGAGUUUUUCUUU